UUUUGUGUGUGUUUCAAGUAUGCCAUGCGAUAUUUGAACAUAAAGCAGCGAACGGUCACACCCCAAUGUUAUGCCAACUAAAGUCCUCCAUUUGGUGCUGAAAGUGUUCGCAUGCUAAGAUGCACAGUCACAGCGGCACCAGCAAAGUUGUGGCCACUCUGCGCGCGGACGGAAAUAUUGUGUAUCCCAUGGAGCACUCCAACCUGAUGCACUACGAGAUUCGCACCGAAGGAGAAGCCCAGCACAAGAAGGGCAACCUGCUAGGACCCGCCACAUGCGUGGACCUGGGCAAACAGCUGCUUCAGUGCGCGAGGGACAGCGAUGUGGCUGGCGUCAAGACGGCGUUGGCCCAUGGAGCGCCCUUCGCGUCCGACUGGCUUGGUAUGUCGGCGCUGCACUUCGCUGCCAUGAACAACCAGCUAGAGAUCUGCGAGAUCCUCCUGCAGGGAGGCAUUAACAUGGACGCCAAGACCAAGGUCGACCGGACGCCGCUCCACCUGGCCUGCUACUACGGGCACGAGCGGGUGGUCAGUUUGCUGCUGGCGCUUAAGUGCAGCGUUAACUCCCGCGACAUGCUACGCAUGACUCCACUCCACUGGGCCGUUGAGAAGAGGCACAAGGGCAUUGUACGACUGCUGCUCAAGUGUCAAGCAGAUGUCGCCUUGGUCUCCAAGUUCGGCAAGACGCCGAUCGGACUGGCUGUGUACACGGAACAGGCAGAUGUGCUGGCGGAGUUAGAGGCAGCACGGCAGGCACAGGCCAGUAAGAAGUUCAACGAGGAAACCGAGCGAAAAACGCAUAAGAACAGAAAAGAAACCAGUGAGGCUGUUAACUCAAUAAUGGACGAAGCGGAAAACACAAAAAGCCUUGACGACCGGGAAAUGUCGGUGGAAGAACGAAUGGAUGUUUUGGAAAACCUGCGAGGGCAUACGAACGUUCUGGGAAACUCUGCUCUAAACAUGCUGAAGACUCACGGAAUUGCAGACAUGAUGCAGGAAAACGAUGACGAGGCUUCGAAAGAAAUGCUGAACACGGCGCUGCAGAAUGGCCGCCAACUAGUUCUUUCCGAAGGUGGACGUAUGUUGCUGCACGAAACGAAAGCAGGCCUUGGCGCCAAGCAGUCCGUAAACGGCAGUGCUAGGAACCCGGUCGUCGCUCUCCGCCCGAAUGUCAGCAACUCGCCCCCUCAGAAGAUUCGCAUGAAUGUAAUUAAGCAAAAAGAACUUACGUCGCCGGCAGGGGUUACCAAGAACAAGAAUAUACGCAUAAUCUCGUUGACUGAUUUCAAAAAGCUCUGCGGAUCGGAUAGUCAGCCAAAGUCCCUGCAGAAGAUACCUGCAUCAUUGGCCAGCUCUGGAAUGGUUCGUCAACUUCCCGAUGGCACCAAACUAGUCAACAUGCGGCAGUUGCAGGCUCGACAGUUAAAGCUACCAUCCCUGCAGAGACCCCUGGAGCCCACCACCAUAUUAGAUGACUCACCGGGCCUCAACGAAGCCGUGGUUCCACCUACACUGCCUGCAAACCAUCCCGCAUCUGCCAGUUCUCUCAGGGGACAGGUGGGGACCGUGCAGACGAUACAGCUCCGGCCCUCACUGACGGCAGGAUCUGGACUGAGUCCAACGAACAACGGGGUGGUCCCCAACAAACCUUUUGUGAGUGCGACAAAGCUUCCCUCGGCAAAGACUCCUAGCGUGAUGCCACUGCUGACAUCUUCAGAAAUUUGUCGUCAGCUACAUGAGCUGCGACGGCAAAACGAAGAACUGCGCCGGCGCGCAGACUGCUUUCAGCGGGAAAAGGAGGAGAUGCUAAGGCGCAUCGACCGCCUGGAGCAGAUGGUGCUGGUGCGAGAGUCGGAGGCGGAUCUGGAUUUUGUGGACGACGUUUAGCUAGAGCUAAGAUAGGUUUAUUGUAAAUACCUUAAGGUAAGCGUUAAGAAGAGUUUCAUAUACCGUUAAGCGCAUUGUUAAUCGCCCAUUAAGCGUACGAUUUCAUACCAUUUUAUAUCAGAACCGUAUUAACUUAAAUGUUAAAAAUAACUGCAAAAAAGUUAAAAUGUUGGCUACGGACGUGGUCAGCUAAUUAUCUACCUUAAAGUGCAUUUUUAGUCGAUCAUUAAGAAACGAUUUUGCAUCAUUUUAAUAAAACUUUUUUAAAAAUGUAA